AUGACUCCUCUUCAGCAAAGCAUUUGGAAUAUGAUUAAAUGUUUCCGGAGAAAUUGGCGCUUAUUUUCAGAUUCAGAAAGGACUACAGUAUGUGGGGCAGAUUGUAUGCUGAUGGCUUUGCACUUAUCUGUUGCGGAAAUUAAUAAGAAGCUUUGUGGUGAGUUUAAAGCAUCUCUUAGUGAAGUGAUACUAUCUUGGAAUUACUUUGUUCCUGACAAAUUAGGUAUAUUAUCUGAAAAUGCAAACGCUCCUGAAAAUUAUAUAGACAUCAGAAAUACCUAUGCUAGCUUUUUAAAGCACUGCAAUAUGAUGGAUCUUGUAGAUAUAUAUAUAAAAUGUGAGACACUAGGACUGCAAAUUGAACCUAUACCUUCUGUACAAUUGUUAGAAUUUAUUGCUGGAACAGCAGAUUUAAUAACCGAGAACAAUUCUACUAAUUAUGCACUCUCCACACCAACGAGGAAAAUAAACCACGAUAAGGAAGAGCUGCCAUUGAUGGUGAAGAAAAUUUUGUUUGCAUAUUUAACCUUAUUGGUUAAUUCCAAAAAUGAUUUGGCUUUUGCUCACAUUUUAAACAUUCCUGACAGAGGACUUGGAAGAGAGGCUUUUACUGACCUAAAGCAUGCUGCCCAGAAGAAACAAAUGUCUAUAUUUCCGAUGGCAACUUCAUUUAUACGUGUCAUAGAACUUGGAGGAAAAGGAUAUGCUCCUUUACCAACUGAUCCUUUAAGAACUCAUGUGAAGGGGCUUUCUCAGUUUAUUCACUUUAUUGAUAAAUUAGAAGAAAUUAUUGGUGAAGAUCUGGAUUCAAGACAUGCAGGGGGCCGAAUCCUAUCAACAAUCAAGAUGCAGUUGAUAAAAGGCCGAAACAGCAGGGAUCCUUUCUGUCAAGCAGCAGAGGAAGUUGUACAAGAUUUGGAUUUGAGGAUUAAAAAUAUUAUCAGUUUUCAGCAUGAGGCUGUGGCAGCCAGCGCUACUGGAAUCAGUCCAGCCCGACCAAAACUACAUUCUAUAAACCACGACACUGUUUACUGUGGCAGAGAUACUGUGAAGUCCUUAUUGGCUGUUUUAGAUGAAGCAGCUAGUUAUCCUCCUCUCAGCAACAAAGCUCUCCUGUUAUUUGGAAGUGAAGAAUUUGGAUUUCCUUCUACCAUGUUAUUGUUCAAAUCUCCAACACAGUCCAGGGGAUCUUCUCCCAAAGCUCUGAGACAACGGAUUCAAAUGGAAGCGUGUGAAAAAAUCAAGUUGAAGCAACCUUUAAUUAGAUCUCAGUUUGCUUGCACUUAUAAAGAUGACCAAAUACUCAAGCCAAAGAAUCAACCCUCCAGUUCAUCUCCGGUCGUAACAAAUGCACUCCAAAAAAUGGCAACUUCUCAUAUUGAAGACAGAUCAACUUCAGAAAGCCUGAAUUCAUCACUUGAAAAUACUACACUCGGAACUGAUUCUGGAAGUAUUUGUCAGAAUGGAAGGAGAAGAAAAGAAAUAGGAAAAUUAAGUUGCCAGCUAGAAAACAAGAACCCAAAGAGAAAGCUGGUGGAAAGAAUGAGUGAAAAUGUCAUAUUGACUAAUGAAAAUGAAACACCACAGCAUAUAUACCAUAAGAAACCAAAGAUGCAAGUGAUAUGCCAAAAUAGUUUGGACAGCAAACUAAAAGAAACCAGAAAAUCCAAAAAGGCUAUACCCAAAAAUAAGCUUAUUAUUGGACAAGCGAAACUCACUCAGUUCUUUAGGUUGUAA